UCACGUUUAACUCAAGCACGGGAGCCGCUAGUUGAAGGAAUAUGGGGCUUCGUUGAUGGCAAGAAUUAUCGCGUGCAAGAACCGACAAGAGCUGACUUGCAAAACGCUAACUACAACGGGUGGCUUCACAGCACUUUGGUGACUGGCACACUGUGCUACGGUGUUGAUGGUACAUUGGUGUGGGGGCGCCACAAUUGCCCGAGCUCGUGGAAUGAUGGCGAAACAAGCCGGCAAUUACAAGAAAAACUUACCAAUCCUGAUUUUACUGUGCCUGGAACCGGUGUUGCCGCCGACUCCGCUUUUCCAGUGGCUCGGGAGGCAAUCGGCAAGAUCGUCACCCCUCUAAAAGAUGGGGAUGUUGAGCGAGCGUCGGCUGACUUCCGUUUAGCAAUGCUCGCAUUGCACAACGCGAUAACAUCUCUGCGUCAAGCAGCUGAAUGGUGA